AUGGCAGGCGCAAGUAACCAUGGAUCCCUCAUCGACGAAUGGUUGCUGCCCCCUACACCAAGCCCAAGAACACUCAUGUCAAGCUUCCUGAAUGAAGAAUUCAGCUCCGAGCCAUUCUCUGGUUUUUUCAGUGAACAUGGCACCAACAAGCCCCAUGCUCAAUCCGAAAAGAGCAGAGAAGUUGUGAAUUCGAGCGAGGAGGUCCCUGCUCAUGCUGUCAAUGACCCAUUUCAAAAGGGUUUCUCCCUGAAGCCAAAUUUGUUCAGUGCUAAUCAUAAAUCAAACUCCAAUGGUGGUUUGGCGGAGCGCAGGGCUGCGAGAGCAGGUUUCAGUGUCGCAAAAAUUGAUACUUCUCGAGUUGGUUCAUCCGCAGUUAUUCGAUCUCCUGUGUCAAUUCCACCUGGUCUAAGUCCAACUACACUUCUUGAGUCUCCUGUUUUUCUCUACAAUAAAAUGGCACAGCCUUCUCCAACCACUGGCACAUUUCCAUUUUUGAUGGCUACGAAUGACAAGUCAACAAUACCACCAGCUGCCAAGAUAACUGAAGAUUCUACAUUUGAUAAUGAUGUGUUUUCUUUCCAACCCCACUUAGGUUCUGAACAAACAGGUUUCUCUACUGCAGAAAAGGACUAUGGUGCCUAUCAGCAAAAGCAGUCCUUGUUGAAUAUUCAUCAACAGGAAUCCAGUCUUCAGUCAAGCUUUACCGCAGUCAAGGAUAACACUAGUGCAACAAUUGCUAAAGCGAAGACAUCUAGCUCAAUGUUCAGUGAUAGCCACUAUUCAGCUGACCAACAGCAAGCUGACGAGACAAGUGUAAAGGUGCAAGGCAAAGGUGUCGAGGCUAGAUCAGCUGCUUUUCUUCCUGUAUCAGCGCAUAGUGAUGCGUCUCUCCUGGAGUCUCAAGAUGCAGUUGAUGUCUCGUCAACACUGUCUAAUGAAGAGGAGGAGAGGGCAACGCAUGGUACUGUUUCUAUAGAGUGUGAUGGUGAUGAAGAUGAGACUGAAUCUAAAAGAAGGAAGCUGGAACUAGAUGCUUUAGGAGCUACUGCUAUUACUACUACCUCCACCACCAGUACCAUUGACAUGGGGCCUGCAACCUCAAGAGCUGUCCGGGAGCCUAGGGUUGUUGUUCAGACCACAAGUGAGGUAGACAUUCUCGAUGACGGUUAUCGGUGGCGCAAGUAUGGGCAGAAGGUUGUUAAGGGCAAUCCAAAUCCAAGGAGCUACUACAAAUGUACACACCCGGGCUGUUCAGUGCGCAAGCAUGUGGAAAGAGCAUCACAUGAUCUGAAAUCAGUCAUCACAACAUAUGAGGGAAAGCACAACCAUGAAGUUCCAGCAGCCAGAAAUAGUGGGCAAGGCAGUUCUGGUUCUGGCAGCGCUCCAUCUGCACCACAAGCUGGUGGUUCUCACCGUAGGCAAGAACCUGCACAAGCCAGCUUUGCUCACUUUGGUGUGACUUCUCCUUUCAGCUCCUUCGGUCUCGCGCCAAGUGGACAAUUGGGACCAACAACUGGCAAUUUCCGCUUCGGGAUGGUUCCACCGGGCAUGACGAUCCCAAUGCCCUCUCUAGGAUCACUUGCCCCUACAAAGAUCGUUGGAAAUUCAUCAGCUAUGCAGGGGUACCCAGGGCUUAUGAUGCCAGGAGAACCAAAGGUAGAGCCUGUCUCGCAACCACUCUUCCCAAUGGCAAAUGCAUCUCCACCAGCUUACCAACAGAUAUUGAGCAGGCCUCCUUUUGGUCAUCAGAUGUAA